AUGCGUGAACGCGUCGCCUCUGCCCCGCUCGCGCUCGCGGUGUCUGGUAAGGGUGUAUCGGAGAGCGCAACGCAGAGCCGGUUAGCCAAAGUCUCGCAAAGUGCGGCUGCCGCCUCUGCCGAUGGUGGCUCUGCUGCUGCUGAGAAGUGCACGCAGGCGAACAAGCGGCCUCUGCUGGCAAAGAAGGGCGCGCCGAACGGCCCAAGUGAGCAGGGAAGGGUGCUGGUGUGCGAGAGCAAGAGCAUCGCCAAAAGGACGACAACGCUCGGUUCGCUACAUGCUGCGGAACGCCAACACUCUCUGCAACCGUCGCCCAGCACGGCCCUAGAGGCGUCGCUCGUGCAAAAUCUCAAGAAACAGAUUGCAUGUCUCGAGGCACAGUUACACGUGAUGCAGCAGCAGCAGGACACUGUGGCCCGCACGCAUCGUCACUCCAAUGCAGGUAACCAUGGAGAGUCAGCAAGGGCAGCUGUCACUGCCGCGGCGGCUCACCUCAUUGGCGUCGAGCUGACCUUGCCGCAUGCAGAGCGCAUUCGCCACGAGGAUGCUGUAGCGGCUUCCAUGAACGCAGCCGAGUCCGACGACGUAGCUGUAGCGCGCAUGCGUGAAAUCCCUGCAGCGUACCAGACGGAGCGCAGUGUCCUCCUCCACAAUCUCGAGUCGCUCACAAAGGAUGCGGAAGGACUGCAAAGUCUCGUCUUGCAUCUCGGGCGGGAGCGGGACCUGAUGGCGGCCGAGGUGAUCGAUUUCCGCGCUGCGCUGCGGGAGACGAAGGUCGAGAAUGAAAGCUUGGCCGCUGAGUGCGCCGCGACGCACCGGCUGCUGGAGAACGAGCAGGCUCUUCGGCGCGCCGCUGAGGAGAGCGUGAGGCAGUGCACGACGGCAGCCUCGUCGCGCAGAAGCAGCAUGACCGUAGCGGACGCUUACAGUCAGCGUGACUACUACAAGCUGCAAGCAGAGCGCACGGCGGAGGCGCUGACGCUGGCAAAGGCGAGAGCACAUGCGCUGUUGGACGCACUUCAGCGAGAGCGCAACGCAGCGAGGACACUGGAGACGCAGUUGUGCGGCGCACUGGAUCGCAUUGCUCAGAUGAAGCGCCGCGAGGAUGAAUUGGCUCGCUACUACCAACAGCUAAGCGGCCGGUUUGUGACCGUCUCCGCGACGCUGCGCCACUUGCUGGACGUCGUACCAACGGGACUUCUGCAGCAGCAGCAGCGUGUGCCGUCUCCUGAGCGUGCGCAUGCCGGUCAAACACAAGCGGGAGACAUGACGAUGGACGAACUACGCGACACGCUUGACGCGUGGCACCGCGAGGCCGCAGUGGAGCAGGCCAAGGCACCGCACAGAUCCGAGACCAUCACCGGCGACGCCCUGGCGCUGCUUGGGACGGCUGCGGAGACGACGAUCACCGUCACCGGUGGCUUGGAUAACGGGUUGCCGGUAAGUGGGGACGAGGCUGAAGUGACGGCGCUGACUGGAUGCGCUGCAGCGAAAGCGACGGUGGUGUUGGAGGAGCCGGCGAUAGACGACGAGGCGCUGCCCGUCACCCAAACGUUUGAGGAGGUUCCGCAGAGUUCGUCGUGGGAGGCUGUGGCGCCACUGGCACAUCGGUUGUCCACUGUGCCGACGCCCACCGCAGGCGCUGGUAAUGGCGAGCCGUCGACCUACAGCGACGAGAAGGGCUACAAGGGACUUGCGGCUGACGCGGCAUUGCCAGUACAGCUGUACGAGGUUAGAGACGCAGCAGCCAUGCCGCUGCCGCCGUCAGCGGUGUCACAGGAAACACCGCUGACGGCCGAGACACCGGCGCUCAACCCCGCUGCCGUUGAUCACGCGGUGGCGGUGCGCGAGGUAGCACAGCCACCGGCGGAUGAAGAGAGCGUCACGGAGCACGUUGCGGUUGAUUCUGCUGCGCCAUUCACAAGCGAGCAGACGGCCGAGAGCUCUGCGGCAGCGCGCACAGCGGUAGACACUGCCGUUGACAUCGCCACAGGCACCCCCUCGUUUUCUGGCGACAUACUCGCAGCACCACCUGCAGCACAUGUAGAAAGCGACGCUGGUCCUGUCCCGGUGAUCUCCUCCAUGCCCCCUCCACGCGACGGCGAGGACGCACGACCUUCUUAUCCGCCUCCCCCUCUUACCUCCACGGCCGCUACAGCGCCAGCGGAGCCGCCGGCCCCGACAACAGAGGGAGAUGCUGCGAAUGAGAAGGGUGUGCUGCCGCCACCGCCGCCGGUCUCUGCGGUUCCACAUCCGCUCCCCCCAUGCCUCGUCCCUGUUCCGCUUCCACCUGCAUCGCUUCCCCUACCAGACGCCGUGUCGGCUAGUGUUCCGCCGGCCCCUCCGGUGCCACCGUCCUUGGAGCAGCAACUGCAGCUGCUGAAUGCGCGCAUCCACGCACAGGAGGCGGCGCUGACGGAGAUGGUGCGGUUGCAUGGUGGGCUUCUGACGUCUGCAGACGCUCAACCAAGCAAUAUAGCGAUGCGUGGUGCGGGGAGGAGAGACAAUGCUGAGCGGAGCGCCUGA